CUCAUCUCAAAAACAAUGCAGGCUGAGGAAUACAAUCGCAGAGGUAAGGAGCUGGUGGACUACAUCACACAGUACCUGGGCUCCAUCAGGGAGAGGAGGGUGAUUCCAGAUGUGAAGCCAGGUUACAUGAAGGAGCUUCUCCCUGACACAGCGCCUACAGAGCCAGAGGACUGGGAGACUAUCUUCCAGGACAUCGAGAAAGUCAUCAUGCCAGGAGUGGUUCACUGGCAGAGCCCUCAUAUGCACGCCUACUACCCUAGUCUGACUUCAUGGCCCUCUAUGCUUGGAGACAUGCUGGCUGACGCCAUUAACUGUGUUGGAUUCACCUGGGCCUCCAGCCCAGCAUGUACAGAAUUGGAAAUGAAUGUGAUGGACUGGUUGUGUAAAGCACUGGGGCUUCCCUCCUUCUUCCUGCAUCACCAUCCUGACAGCAGAGGUGGAGGCAUACUGCAGAGCACAGUCAGUGAGAGCACACUGGUUGCUCUGCUGGCAGCCAGGAAAGACAAAUUUUUGCAGCUGCAGGCUGAGCUCGAUCAGGACGUGGACAAUUCGGCCCUAAAUUCAAGACUGGUGGCUUACGCUUCAGAUCAGGCUCAUUCCUCAGUUGAGAAGGCAGGUCUGAUCUCUCUGGUGAAGAUCAGGUUUCUUCCCACUGAUGAGCAGUUAUCUCUGAAAGGAGACACGUUGAAACAAGCCAUACAAGAAGACAGGAGAAGGGGAUUGGUCCCUUUCAUGCUGUGUGCAACUUUGGGAACUACAGGAGUGUGUGCUUUCGACAAUCUGUCUGAACUGGGACCAGUCUGUGCAGAAGAAGGACUGUGGCUCCAUGUUGAUGCUGCGUACGCUGGCUCAGCCUACUUCUGUCCUGAGCUCCGCUGGUCCCUGGAGGGCAUUGAAUUGGCUCACUCUUUUGUCUUCAACCCCUCCAAGUGGAUGAUGGUCCACUUUGACUGCACAGCAUUCUGGGUAAAGGACAAAUAUAAGCUCCAACAGACAUUCACAGUUGAUCCUGUUUACCUCAGACAUGAAAACUCACAGGCAGCCAUGGACUUUAUGCAUUGGCAAAUUCCCCUCAGCCGACGUUUCCGUUCUCUCAAACUCUGGUUUGUUAUGCGGUCCUUUGGACUGAAAAACCUCCAGGCUCAUAUCAGACAUGGGAUUGAGAUGGCAAAACUCUUGGAGUCUCACAUAAAGAGUGACCCAAAUUUUGAGGUUCCUGCUGAGAGGCACCUUGGCCUAGUGGUGUUCUGCCUGAAAGGUGGAAAUGCUUUAACCCAGGAGCUGCUGAGGAGACUGACCCGGUCAGGCACAAUGUACCUCAUCCCUGCAGAUAUUCACACCAAGCGUAUCAUCCGAUUCACAGUGACCUCACAGUUCACUACCGCAGAGGACAUCCUUAAGGACUGGAGCAUCAUCUCCAAAAUGGCUUCCACUCUUCUGGCUGAGACACAGCCUCUGAAUAAUGCAGACCAACCAAAAUCAGGGAAAGAUGAGGCGAUAGAAGAAAACCAAGACCCAGACUCAGAUACCAGGUCUGAGGAGAGAGAGAAUGCCACCUCCGGGAUGGACAAGGCUCAAGUGGAGCUGUGGAUUGACAAGGCUUGGAAUCGAUCUAGAAGACCGAUGCGCUCUCUUAGCUGCAGCAGCGAGCCUCUGCCUUACACUUGCAUCGGGCCGCUGUCUGGCUACAACUUUGAAACAAGGCCUAGUCUUAAAGAUGCUGCAGGCGCCCUCCCCAGCACGCCAUCAACAGCAGGAUCUGGUCCUAUGUUUAAGAUUACAGAGAUGUCUUCAAAUAUUCUGGGUAAACAGGUCCUGAAAAAGCUGACAAAGUUCAACAGCGUGCCCAGUUUCUGCAACCAGUGGGUGCAGUGUGGCCCGCACCAGCUGUGCUGCCCUGUGAAGGUUGCAACUCCAAAACACUUGUCCUCCACCUGCAGAAGAAUGAACUGUAUGACUUCUUCUACUGUAGCCAACACAGCUCCCUCUCCUACUACUCUGGAAACUGCCACUGCACCCGAGCUCCUGUAAUGAUCCUGAAAGCCGUGUAUAGUUUACACACAUCGUAAUUCAGCUAUUGAUAAUUAA